AUUUUCGUUUUGUGAACAACAAAAACCAAAAUGUGCUUUGAGCCUUUGACUCUUCGAGAAUCACUGAUAUUUUGUCGUUUAAAAUGUCAUUAAUUUAUUAAUUAGUGUGAUUUCCGGUUCUGAGACUUAUGCUUAACGUGUUCGUUGAAACAUAAUGUAUCAUUUUAAAUAUUCACCCUAAUCCCGGUAGAUUCUGUACAGCUAAAUUCAUGAGCGUUUUGGCCGCAGUAACACCGCCGAUUUUUGCUGCCUGCUAUGUUCCUAAUUCUGCCGGUAACGAGCAAUGAGUAAACUCCUCGCUGCAUAGUACUGAACAAGGAGCCAAAAUGGGUUUCUUAAGCGAAGCCGAAAUGAACGUGUACAGGUCCUACGUGACCAUGAUUGGGGAGCCGGGAUCUAAAGAUGAGAGCAAAUUGCAAGCGGCUCAAGAAAUUAAUGAGAAUCUCGAGUUGAUAUCAAAUUCUCCUCAAUAUCAAAUAUUCUUGGAACACAUGCUGAGAACGUUUAUUAAAGUAAUGAUGGACGGACAACCGCAAUUUAUUUCUGAGCACGGAGUUCAUCAAUUGAGAAAAAUUAUGCUCGAGAUUAUCUAUCGAUUACCAAAUAACGAAUAUUUGCGAACUCAUGUCGAUGCCUUGGUAUCACUGUGUAUCAAAAUUAUUGAAAUCGAUAACGAAGAAGUAGUUUUGGUUUGUAUGCGGAUCAUCAUAGAACUUACGAAAAAUUUCAGGCCUACGUAUAAUGGACAGAUCACGACGUUUUUACAAUUUUCCAAAAAAGUUUAUAACGAAUUACCCGACAGAGUGAACGAUAUAUUUAAAAUAAGAGCUCCGAUACAAGUGAAAGAGUUAUACGAAGUGGACAUGGAACCAUUAUUAAAUGAAACCUAUACGAUAACAACCAUCGAAGUUAAUAAAGGUUACAACGCUGAAGGAAAACCAGUAAUAGAACAGUACACCAUCAUUCCGAAAGGCUCACUAUCCCUUAAAGCUCUUCAAGAAUUGCCUAUUAUUAUAGUAUUACUCUAUCAACUGUAUAAAGAAAACAUCAAACGUGAAUUAGUGGAAUAUAUUCCAAGUGUGAUUAGAUCCUUGACGCUGAAACCUUUACCAGAAAUAAUGGCCGACAAAAAUUUCAGUAAAGAAGUAUUUGUAGACUUCAUGUCUGCUCAAAUAAGAACUCUUUCGUUUCUGGCGUAUAUUAUUCGUAUUUACCAAGAAGUAGUGAUGAAAAAUCAUAAAAUGAUGGUUGAAGGAAUGUUAAACAUGCUACGUUUGUGUCCAAAAGAAGUGACGGGUUUGCGAAGAGAUCUUUUCAUUGCUUCCCGACACAUCCUUUCGACUGAAUUACGCAUCAUGUUUGCUCCUCAUGUCGAUGAAUUGUUCGACGAAGACGUUCUACUUAAUCGAGGCUGGACUACUCGAGAAACAUUGAGGCCUUUGGCAUAUAGUACUUUGGCUGAUUUCGUACAUCAUAUUCGUCAACAUUUAUCUAUGCCUACCAUUGUGAAAGCCGUCCAACUAUACUCUUUGAAUGUGCACGAUGAAACUUUACCUACCGGAAUCGAAACAAUGUCUUGCAAAUUGCUUCUGAAUCUGGUAGAGUGUAUUCAACAGCAUAGCAAAGCAGACCCAAACUCUACCAACGAACAGAGUGGAUACUUACUGUUAUCAAAAAUAUUGAAAAUCUGUGUGCUCAAAUUUAAGACGAUUGUAAAAUUACAUUUGCCAUUCCUGCAGACUAGAAUUAAACAAAUGCAACAACAACAGCAGCAGCAACAACAACAAUUGCUACAAAUGCAACAACUUCACUCUCAACAGCAAGCUAAUCAGCAAGAACAGGGUGCUCAGCAAACUCCUCAACAAACACCGGCUACCGGAAUAGCCGAAACAACUUUGGAAAAAGUUGAAGAAAUUAAAUAUUUACAGUUCUGCUCCGAAAUAGGUGGCGCUGAUAAAAAAGACGCUGCUAAAAUGGAGAAGAAAUUUGGGUUUCCUCUAACGCAACCACCAAAUUACACCGUUACAGAUUGUAAAUGCCUUGUUAGAACGUUAACUUGCGCUAUUAAAUCUGCUACAUUUGCUUGCAUUGGUCUCAAAACUGGUCCGGAUGAAGAGCCUCGUAAAACAAUAGUAUUUGCGCCCCGAGAAGUGAAUUUGUUCAUUCGAUUGAUCAAAUGGGCUUUACAAGCCUUUGAUAUUUAUACCAUUACUGUUCCUGGACUCGUUCAAGGGAUUCGAUUAUCUAAUCAGGCCCGACCUCGCACGAAAGAAGAAAUUGAAGUUUUGGAACACUUCAAUGGAAUUUUCACUUCUCUUCAUCCGCAAACCUUCAGAGAGAUAUUUUCCUGCAGUAUUAAAACUUUAGUCGAUCGUAUUGCGGUUAAUCCUUCAUUAAUUACAAUAAGCGAUACUUUUUUGACGAAUAAAGAGACUUCGGCUAUUUACGCCACAAUAAUGGUGGAAUUUUUACUUAAUCGUAUGAGCGAAAUGGGCGAAGAAAAUCAAGACCGCAGUAACCUGUAUUUGAAACUUUUCAAAACUGUUUUCGACAGUGUUUCAACAUUUUCCGCCGAAAACGAACAUAUGCUACAGCCUUAUUUGCAUCAGAUUGUGAACAAGUCUAUGGAAACAGCAAUGACAGCCAAAGAACCCUAUAAUUAUUUUGUAUUGUUACGUGCCUUAUUCCGAUCAAUUGGCGGUGGAAGCCACGAUUUAUUGUACCAAGAAUUUCUUCCGUUGUUGCCAACUUUACUGCAAGGUCUGAACUGUCUUCAGUCAGGAUUACAUAAGCAACACAUGAAAGAUUUAUUCGUUGAAUUAUGUUUAACCGUGCCAGUGCGUCUGAGCUCUCUAUUACCUUAUUUACCGAUGCUCAUGGAUCCCCUAGUAUCAGCUUUCAACGGCUCUCCUACCUUAAUCAGCCAAGGCUUGAGAACGUUGGAAUUGUGUGUAGAUAAUUUGCAGCCAGAUUUUCUGUACGAUCAUAUUCAACCUGUUCGGGCUGAUUUGAUGCAAGCUUUGUGGAGAUCAUUACAUAAUACGACCGACCAAGUUGCUCACGUUGCUUUCAGAGUACUGGGCAAACUCGGCGGUGGUAAUAGAAAAAUGAUGAACGAACCACAACGCUUAGAUUAUCAAAGUAACCGAACUAAUAAUCCAUCCGUGGUAGUUCAUUUCAUCGAUUAUGCUCUACCGAUAAACAUGUGUUUGCAAAAAAUGGUUGAAACGGCCGUCAGCGCUUUAAAAUUGACUACAACGGAUGCCUAUUAUAGGCGGCAAUGUUGGGAAGUAUUAAAAGGAUUCAUCGUGGCAUCCAUUAGUCCUGAAGAAAAUAGCGUUUAUAGGUUACUGUCUCAUCCUAGUUUUACCGAAGGACCUAUUCCUCGUAUUCAAGGUGUUUUGUAUAAAUUCAACGACCAGAUUGUCAGAAGUACGCAUAUUAGCGCUCUAACAGGUGUAUUCGUAGCUGCAGCUAUUAAAGAUCUGGGCAAAGUAGUAGUUCCUAUUAUGGUAGCGAUAGUCAGACAUUACACAAUGAUUGCUAUUUCUCAACAAGCAGGACCCUUUCCGAUGAACAGAAGACAAAAUCUUUUGGUAGGGUAUAUGGAUUCUCUAAUAUUAGCCGAAGCAAUCGCCACAGUAAUGGGAUACGAAGAAAAAGAAUUAUGCAAACCGGGUCGUUUGGCAUUAGCUGUCAUGUUGAGCACAGCUACUACCGUUUUAGGAUCCAAGAAGAGGGCUUGUGAAUUACCCAUAAUGGAAUAUUUAGUGGAGAAAGUAUGUGCCUUAUGUUACGAAAGACCAUGGUACGCAAAACUAGGCGGCUGUGAAGCGAUCAGAUUUUUAUACACGAAGAUGGCUAUUAAUUGGGUUUAUAAACAUUUGUACACAUUCGUCAAAGCUCAACUUUUCGUUAUGAUGGAUCUCAGUGGCGAAGUAUCAAAUGGUACGAUAGACCGUGCAAAAGGUAAUUUAGAGGAAAUGGUUAGACGAUGUGCCGUUCUCGUUGAUCCAAACACUGAUCCUGAACUAGCGGCUGUGCAAAAGAAAGCCUUGUUAGAAGUUACCUACGAAUUAACUAGACAAGUUACUAGUCCUAAUGAUUAUCUCAGGGAAGAGGCGAUGCGAUUAUUACGCGUUUUUGCCGAAGUACAAAAUAAAUCCAUUACUGAUGUAAUGGAAUGUCAUAAAAAUGUCCUAGUUGAUAUUAUCCCACCUAAGAAGCAUUUACUCAGGCAUCAAGCGGCAAACGCACAAAUAGGAUUGAUGGAAGGAAACACAUUUUGUACCACUUUAGUUCCUCGACUUUUCACUUUAGAUUUAAAUAUACCCGAGCACAAAAUGUUCUUCCACGAAGUGUGCAAUGUUUGCGACAAUACUGACGCUGGCCUUAACAAAUUGCCAUGUUAUAAAUCAAUUCCUAGUUUGGUACCUCUGAGGAAAGCUGCCAUGAAGGCUUUAUCGGCUUGCCACUACGUUCCCAAUGUAUCUGAAAAAAUUUUCAAUUCUCUUUAUCAAGCUUUAGAGCGAUCUGAUCCUGAAUUACAAGAGGCUGCGUUCCAAUGUAUGAAGAAUUUCGUUUCUGGAUCAUUGAUUGAUUUAUCUAUGGUACACGAAGUAAUGAGACCAUUGUUAUCGACGUUCUGCGAUUAUAGAAAUAUUAAUGUCAGCGGUGCCAGAAGACUAUGUUAUUUGGUACAGUUGUUCCCGACUAGUUUCAAAGAAAAGCUAUGCGAACAACUUCUUUCACAUAUGCAGCAUUUCUUUGAAACAUUAGUUCAACAACAGCGAAGCGGUGUUAAAGCUGAUACUAAAGACACAGAACAAAUUAUCGCCAUAAUAAUCGAUAUAUUUUAUCACGUUCCUGCUGCCAGACCGAGGUUUAUUGAAAUCCUGUGUCUUCUUAUUUUCCAAAGUGAAAAGAAUCUACGUAUUGGUCGAAGUUCUCCUUACCACGAACCUCUGAUAAGAUUUUUGUUGAAAUAUCCAUUGGAAACUGUAGUGCUAUUUUUACAAGAAAAAUACAUGAGAGAAUACGAAUGGGGCGAUUAUUUGCACUUCAUGUUGAAGCACGAGAAUAGUAAACCUUUCCGAGAUGUGUUUGAAAAACCGGAAAUAAUCGAUAUGUUAGCCGCUUUGAUCGAUAUAUUCUCCAAAACCGACAGUACUCUUACUACCGAUGAAAAAGCAGCGAUAAGGUAUCAUGCUAUCAAGACAGUAUCUUUGAUAAUCAAGUUUAAUGAUCAAUGGUUGGCAUCGCAGAAAAAAAUUACCUCUAUUUUAACCAAAAUUUGGACCGAUAGUGAUUCUUAUCAAGAAAUAUUCGUGAAUAUAACCGCCAUACCUCAUACGCAUUGGAAUGAACCGAAAUUAAUAGUUUCAAUAUUGUUGCAUUAUUUUACGCAUCAUCCAUUAAAGAUCGAUCUGCUUUUUUAUUUGAUGACAGCGUUUUCUCAUCGGUUUACUUCAGAUUUUCAAUUUCUUAAAAAUUUCCUAGUUCAAACUGUUGCUCAAGGGUAUACAGUAGAAUGGAAAAGAUCGGCAUUUUUGAGAUUUUGCGAACUAUUCCAUUUACCAGCAGUUUCGGAAGAAUUGAAAGCUCGAAUAUUACAAUUCAUAAUUAUUCCCUGUUUUACUGUUUCUUUUGAACGGAACGAAGGCGAAAGAUUGAUCACAUCAUCGAACAAACCAUCAUUCCAAGGAACUCAGCCUGAAAAUUUGGUGACAAUAUUCCUAGUCAAACUCGUUGAAGAAGUCAAACAUUCCGGUUGUUCUGAUUCUAUUCGUAUUCUGCUUCAACAAUUGGCAUGCGUCAUUGUAGAAUAUGCUUCUCAUUACCUAAACACAAGUAAAACAGAAGGUAAUCGGCUGCGUAUCCUCAUGGAAUUCGUAUGGCCUUGUUUGAGCGGUAAAAAAUGCACCGAUUCGAUCACCGAAUACCAUGGUCAUCUGCUACUAUGCCAUAUAAUUUCGAAAAUGGCUAUUCAUAAGAAAAUCAUAUUACAAGUUUUUCGAAGUUUAUUGAAAGCCAAUGCAUUGGAAGUUCGACCUAUUGUGAGACUAGCUUUAGACAUUUUGACGCCAAUUUUACCAAAUAGAAUGGAAGAUGGAUAUAGAAUGCUGACCCAUUGGACGAAAAAGAUAUUAUUGGAAGAAGGUCAUUCCAUGCCGCAGCUUGUACAUAUGUUGCAGCUAAUCGUUCGUCAUUAUAAGGUGUACUAUCCAGUACGACAUAGACUGAUACAUAAUUUAGUUCAUUCAAUUCAAAGAUUAACGGUUAAUACGUCUCCGUCAUUGGAUUACCGAAAAUUAGCUGUUGACUUAUGCGAAGUUAUGAUUAAAUGGGAGUUGCAAAGAAUUCGAAAUGAAUCUGACUCGACUGAGACUACUGAAACUUCAACGGACAGCUUGAAAAGAAGCGGCGAUUUUCUAUCUAUGCAAGCUCGUAAGCGUUUUGCCGGUGGCGUGGCUUCUCCGGUCGCUUCAACGUCUUCGUUAUCUGAAGAAAGCGACAGCAAUAAACCAAUCGAUAGGAUGCAUGCGGAUGCUAUUAUGAAUUAUUUAACUCGAAUCGCAUGCCAGGUGAAUGAACUUACCACCACAAGCGGCACAAUCGGCGAUCAGUUAGCUAGACGAUGUUUGAGUAUAAUUAAGACUGCGUUGAAAUCUGAUAUUUGGCCCGAUAAUAAUAUCGAUAUAAGACUGCAAUGGGUCGAUAAAUUAUUAUGCAGUUUAUCUGGCUCAAAUCCGAAUUAUGGAAAUAUUUGUACCGCUUUGGAAUUGGUCACGUUUGUGUUUUCCGUUAUGAAGAAAGAAGAUGUAUUAGCUUUGUGCAAAUUGUUACAAAACGGAAUCAAUUUAUGUAUUUCAUCGUCUAAUCCGAAGAUCAUCAGAUAUGUACACGCAUUAAUCUCUCGUUUGAUGAGCAUCUUCCCAGUCGAACCACCUACAUCGCCUGUCGCUUCUAAAUACGAAGAAUUGGAUAAAAUCUACAGCUGUGUCGCUAAAGUGAUUUUGGACGGAUUAGCCACCUACGAGAAAAACGCUAACGCUACUGCUACCUCGUUGUAUGGAGCUAUAAUGUUGAUUAAAGCUGGCUGUAGUAAUAAUCAGUCGUACGUCGACAGAUUCAGCUCCUCGUUUGUUAGAGUAAUACAACGAUUGGCUCGUGAACACCAUAGCUCUGCUAAUGUGGAAACUAUAGGAGUUACGGAGUUGCUGACGUAUUGCUUAGAUAUGCUGAAAAAUCGCGUCGGUGUCAUGAAAAUUGAUACCAGAAAAACAUUCAUUGCUACGAUAAUCACCGGACUGAUUGAAAGAACCACCGAUGCCAAAUUAAUGAAAGCUUUAUGCAAAUUAUUGGAAGAAUGGAUGGUAAAUGGUAAAAAUGCAGGAUAUUGCGGACCAAAUGUUCAAGAAAAAUCGGUGCUUUUGGUCAAAAUGAUGCAAUGUAUUGAAAAACGUUUCCCUGACUUGAAUUGCCAGUUCUUGGAAAUCAUUUACAAUAUUUACAAGGAUGAAAUCAACAAACCGACCGAAUUAAUGUUGAAAUUGGAAGUAGCAUUUUUAUCCGGAUUGAGAUGCACGAAUCCAAUCAUUCGUGGAAAGUUCUUCGAGUUAUUCGAUUCAUCGAUUCAGCGUAAACUGAUCUUCCGAUUGUUGUACAUUGUUAGUUCGCAGAACUGGGAAGGAAUGUCUCAACAUUAUUGGCUAAAACAGUGUAUCGAAUUGAUAGUGGUAACCAGUGUAUCAGACGAACGUAUCCAAUUAGCUGAAGGUAGCGGUAUGUUACCAAGUAUAACCUCAGUUAUCGAGAAAGCUGAUCCGGAUGAAAAAGCGUUACUAGCCGGAUAUUUUGCCGUAAAAGAAGAACAAUCUGAGACAGCAUCAGUAUGCAGUAUGGAUACAUCUGUGGAUGAGAUGGACAUCGAAUUAGCCGAUUCAGCUAGCCAGAGCAGCAUCGAAUUAUUAAACAGCGCAGGAGGUGAAACGCUAGUGCAACUUGUGUCACGUCAAAUUAAAUUCUUGGAAUCUGUCAAAGAUUUCAAGACGUUUGAUUUCCUCAAAGCUGCUGCACAACUGUGUCAUAUGGAUACCUCUUUAACGGAACAAAUUUGGCUUAAUAUUUUCCCACAGCUAUGGAAAAUUUUGCACGAUCGAGAACGCACGGAAUUGACUGGCGAAAUUACACCUUUUCUUGCCAGCGGAAGUCAUGUGGUUCAAAAAGACGCUCAUCCUAGUGCCAUUUGCACUUUCUACGAAAGUUUAGCCCAUUGCAAUCCUCCCGUGAUGAUAAAACCACGAGUAAUGACGUACCUUGGCAAAUCGCAUAAUUUAUGGCAUCGAGUGACAUUGGCUUUGGAAAAAAUGACCAUAGAGAGUAAUUUCUUCAGAGAUAAACAGCACAUUUCGAACGAUUGUUACGAUUUUGAGCCUGAAACCAUUCCUCAACAGGAUAUUAUCGAUAGUUUAGCUGACAUGUAUAGUGCUUUAUGCGAAGAAGACAUGUGGUGUGGACUAUGGCAAAAACACGCCAAACAUCCAGAAACGAUCAUUGCUCUCACUUACGAACAACAAGGCUUCUUCGAACAGGCAUUAGGAGCCUACGAAUUGGUCUUGGGUAAAGCCAGACAAACUUAUGCGAAUAUGCCCUCCCCUAUUAGUCUAGUCAGCGAACAGAGGCUUUGGGAAAAGCAAUGGAUAAGGUGUACCAAAGAAUUGAACCAAUGGGAUCAUCUAUUGGAUUACACUCAAACGAAGAAUUUAUCAAAUCCUGUACUCAUUUUGGAAAGUGCUUGGAGAGUACCCGAUUGGAACUUGAUGAAAGAAGCCUUGCAUCAAGUUGAUGUAGCCUAUCCUGGUAUUCUCACGUGGAAGGAAGACUUGUAUAAAGGAUUUUUGGCCAUAUGUCAUCCCGAAGAAACACUGUUGCAUUUAGUUGAACGCUACGUUGAACAAGCCAGCGUACAGUGUAUCAAAGAAUGGCGCAAACUACCACAUAUCGUAUCUCAUGUGCACAUUCACCUUCUGCAAGCUGCUCAACAAAUCAUCGAAUUGCAAGAAGCGUAUCAAAUUCAUCAAAGCUUACUGCAUGGGCGUAGUUCUACAUCGUCGCUUCAUGAUAUCAAGGCGAUAGUAAAAACUUGGAGGAACAGAUUGCCCGUCAUUUCGGAUGAGCUAAGCCAUUGGAGCGAUAUAUUUACCUGGAGACAACAUCAUUAUCAAUUUGUUACUCAUCAUUACGAUACGAAUCAAGACCAAGCGACCAGACAGCAUAGUAUACUCGGAGUGCACGCAUCUGCUCAGGCUAUCAUACAUUUUGGAAAGAUUGCACGGAAGCAAAACUUGACGGCUGUGUGUUUGGAUUCUUUAAAUCGUCUAUACACCAUACCAAGUGUCCCGAUUGUCGAUUGUUUCCAGAAAAUACGCCAGCAAGUGAAAUGCUAUCUGCAAAUGGCUGUCCAAGCUGGAAAGAGCGAAAUUCAAGAAGGUCUGGAUGCCAUCGAGUAUACGAAUAUGAGAUAUCUAACGAGAGAAAUGACCGCCGAAUUUUAUGCCUUGAAGGGGAUGUUCUUAGCUCAACUUGGUCGAAGCGAGGAAGCAAACAGAGCUUUUUCAGUAGCAGUUCAAAUGCACGAUACGUUGGUCAAAGGUUGGGCUCUGUGGGGAGAUUUCAUGGAACAGCAGUUCACUAAAACAUCACCUCCCAAUAUAAGCACCGGUAUAUCGGCGGUUACGUGCUUCUUGCACGCUUGUAGAAAUCAAAACGAGUCCAGGUCUAGAAAAUAUUUAGCUAAGGUUCUUUGGCUUCUUACCUACGACGAUGAGAAAUUUUCUCUGACAGAAGCUGUGGACAGGUACUCGGUUGGAGUGCCGCCAUCGUUAUGGUUGCCCUGGAUUCCUCAAUUGCUAACGUGUCUUGGUCGUAAUGAAGGCAAAUAUAUUGUGAACUUAAUCAGUCAGGUGGGUAGAAUGUUCCCUCAAGCAGUAUACUUCCCUAUUCGAACGAUGUAUUUUACUCAAAAAAUUGAACAACGAGAACGUUAUAAAAGUGCUGAAAGAGCAGCUGGUAAACAGAAUGAAAGUUCUGGUGCUACUGGCAUGGAAUCGUCUCAGCAAAGUGGUUCAUCGGAUGGUUCUAGUACGAUAAAAGCGACUCCGGCGAUGUUACGAUGUUCUAAAAUAAUGCAGCUGCAGAGAGAAAUCCAUCCUACCAUUUUACUUUCAUUAGAAGGAAUCGUCGAUCAGAUGGUAUGGUUCCGUGAAAACUGGUGCGAAGAAGUACUUCGUCAAUUACGUCUUGGUUUAGCCAAAUGUUAUACGCUAGCGUUUGAAAAUAGAGGAGCAGUGAAUGAUGCCAAUAUUUCCGUAUCUACUCACAACUUCUUGAAAAAAUUAGUAUCUACUUUCGGUAUCGGAUUAGAAAUGUACACAAGUUCGGUCAGCACAGCAUUCGGUAACGCUGGUUCGGAAAGUUUAGCUAGAAGAACCCAAAUCACGAUGUCAGAUCCGGCAUUCCAAACGAUGAAACAGAAAUUCGCCGACGAUUUUGAUUUCAGCGUACCCGGCGCUAUGAAAUUACACAAUUUCAUUUCGAAAUUGAAAAAAUGGAUUCGAUUGUUGGAGAAUAAAAUUCAAGCUUUACCAAAAUCAUUCUUAAUCGAAGAGAAAUGCAGGUUCUUGAGCAAUUUCAGUUUACAAACGGCCGAAAUCGAAUUACCAGGCGAAUUUUUACUUCCUAAAGUUAGCACCAAACAUUCCCAUUACUACGUAAGAAUAGCCAGAUUUAUGCCUAGGGUUGAAAUAGUCGAAAAGCAUAACACUGCCACUAGACGUUUAUACAUCAGAGGACAUAAUGGUAAAAUAUACGCAUACUUGAUCAUGCAAGAGUCCGGUAUGGGAGAUGCCAGACGAGAAGAAAUCGUUUUACAAUUGAUGAGAAUGCUCAAUCAUUACUUGACUAAACAAAAAGAAACAUCGAGAAGAUUUUUGAACUAUACCGUUUCUCGAGUCGUGGCUGUGUCACCCCAAUUACGCUUAGUUGAAGAUAAUCCAGCAUCUUUGUCGUUAUUAGAUAUUUGUAAACAGAUGUGUUCCAAGAAGAAUGCUCAGUAUGACGAACCGCUCACAAAAUACUACGAUCGACUGGCAUUUAUUCAAGCUAGAGGAGGAAAAACAAGUCAUCAAGUUUUAAGAGAUAUCUUAAUGGACGUUCAAAUCAGUCACAUCCCACCGAAUCUACUGAAAACUUGGGCUUUCGAGAUUUACAAAACUCCCACCGAUUAUUGGACGUUUAGAAAGAUGAUCACUUUACAACUAUCGUUGUCUUGUUUCGCCGAAUACGUAUUCCAUCUUACCAGACUCAAUCCGGAUAUGAUGUUCAUUCAUCAAGAUUCUGGUCUAAUAAACGUCUCGUAUUUCAAAUUCGACGUGGACGAUUCGAAAAGCGAAUUGAACGGUAAUCGAGCCGUACCGUUUAGAUUGACUCCAAAUCUCAGCGAAUUGAUCACCGAAAUUGGUAUUUGUGGUCCAUUAAUCGCCAGUAUGAUCGCAAUUGCGAGAUGUUUCUCUUAUCCGAAUUUCAAACUACAGACUAUCUUGAGAGCUUUACUGCGCGAUGAAAUGAUCACUUCUUAUAAAAGGAAAUUGGAAGAAGAAAAUAAAGUCGAAGAUUUAAAUAAUCCUCCAGCCGACGUACCCGGUGAAAUGAUCGUUACGAUGGUAACGAAUUCUGUUAACUCAAUCAUGCAAAGGUUAAGCAGUUUAACGAAUUUCGAUGGAGUGGAAAGUAAAGUUGCAACGUUGGUUAAUGCGGCGAAAAAUGUUGACAAUUUAUGCAGAAUGGAUCCGGCGUGGCACCCAUGGUUGUGAUUCAAUUAUGUCGUUGCUCGUAGUAAAUGUUUUAUGUUAAUGAGUAGAUUAUAAUUUAACUAAGUAAGGUUCGGGGUAUAACGAACAUUUAACGAGUUCGUUGUCAUAAUGAACAGAGCCUUACAUCGAGAUGAUCUUUUUUUUCUAGGGGAAGGGGGGUGUUUUAUACUUACCAUUAUGUUUAGUAAUUUUUAAAUCACUUGAGAAGUAUUUAUUGUGUAUAUUAUGUACAUAAAUUUUGCAGAUUACGUACACGUAAUAUUUACGUGUUUAUUUUUUAUAAGGUUGACAUUUUUGGUAUUUUUUGUCUGUCUUUUUUCUUGUGAACAAUAUUAUUGUUGUAAUUAAAUGAUGUAAUCAUUA